GAAGCUUUGAAGGAGAACCGCUCAAUAACUAACAUAGAUCUAGGGGGCAAUGACAUACAUUCUAAGGGUAUCAGUGCCUUAGCAGAAGUCCUGAAAGAUAAUUCUGUCAUUACCUCAUUAGAGCUUGGUUACAACCCCAUUGGACCAGAGGGGGCGAAGGCAUUAGCAGAGGUCCUCAAGUUUCAUGGAAAUGUGAAAGAUCUCAUGCUUGGUUGGUGUCAGAUUGGAGCCAAAGGUGCGGAGGAAAUUGCUGACAUGUUAAAGUACAAUAGUACCAUCUCUACUCUAGACUUGCGAGCCAAUGGACUUAGAGACGAGGGUGCAAUCUGCCUUGCUCGGAGUUUAAAGGUGGUCAAUGAAGCUUUGACAACACUCAAUUUAGGGUUCAAUGAAAUUAGAGAUGAAGGAGCUUUCUCCAUCGCUCAAGCACUGAAGGCAAAUGAAGAUGUAAGACUCACAUCCAUAAAUCUUACCAGCAACUUCCUCACCAAACUAGGGCAGACAGCUCUCACAGAUGCAAGAGACCAUGUGUUUGAGAUGACUGAGAAGGAGCUUGCUGUUAUGUUCUAAAAUACUACACUCCUUUGAUCAAAUAUAUUUUUCUCCUACUUUCUAUUCUUGAGGUUGGGGCAUGGGUGCAUUGGAGGAUUUUGUCAGUCUUUUUUUCUUUUUAGGGAAUAGAAUCACAGCCCACCAUGAUAUUCUUUCCACUUGUGUGGAUCAAGAGUCACCCUUAGUUCCCUUUUGUGUCUGAAUUCUUGAGUGGUGGGUAAGGGUGGGAAUUUUGGUAUUGAGCUAUGUACUGAUAUUGUCAAAGAAUUCUUCUUUUAGUCUUCUCAUUUGAUAAUGUAAGUGGCAUGUAUACGACAAUUCUUCAAUAAUAAUUGUUAGGUUAUUGUAAUACAUAACAGAUUCAACGAUGUAUUCCUAUUGGGAACUUCAUUUUUUUU